GACAUAUUUCGGAAACGGGAAGCCUACAACUCACGUAGUUUCGUUUCCCUAAAAGAAUUUCCGAAGAUUUCCUAAGUUUUACGUUUUGGUAUUAACGCCACUUCAGCCGCUAAAUCAGAAGUUUCCAAUGAAAACAAGCAUGUUGUGACUGACCUAACCUAACCGAACCCUUCGAUUUUUUUAUUUUCAAUUUUUGAGAGAAAUCCGAAGUUUCACGAACGUGGUAGGGAACCGAAACUAUCUGAGUUGUAGGCUACCGUUUCGGAAACCCUUUUCAUUAAAUUUUUGAUAAAAUUUUACUAAUUAAUUUGGCAUGAAUAUCAAAAUGUGCGUGAAAUUUUUUUUUUGAGGUAUGUUUGGCAUAAUAAUGUAUUAAAUACUCUUAACAUGAUUAUAGCAAAUAAUAAAAUACAUUUCACAUGAAAUCGUUGGCUAGACUGAUAGAUCUCCUUCAGCACCAAACAAGAAGGAUGGCUGGCAGUCUGGUUCGCUGGAAUACAAUUUCAAAACUUCAACUGGGCUACUUCAACUGCCCUCCGACGGUCGUAUUGCAGCGUCGAACCAACACCACGAAUGCGCCCCCGUCCAAGGCCAAGUACGGCCCGCUCAGCGACCAGGACCGCAUCUUCACGAACCUGUACGGCCGGCACGACUGGCGGCUGAAGGGCGCGCUCAAGCGGGGCGACUGGUACAAGACCAAGGAGAUCGUCCUGAAGGGGGCGGACUGGAUCAUCAAUGAAGUCAAGACGUCGGGGUUGCGCGGCCGAGGCGGGGCGGGCUUCCCGUCCGGACUCAAGUGGAGCUUCAUGAACAAGCCGUCAGAUGGCAGGCCCAAGUACCUGGUGGUGAACGCGGACGAGGGGGAGCCCGGCACCUGCAAGGACCGCGAGAUCAUGCGCCACGACCCGCACAAGCUGGUGGAGGGCUGCCUGGUGGCGGGGCGGGCCAUGGGCGCCCGCGCCGCCUACAUCUACAUCCGCGGGGAGUUCUACAACGAGGCGUCCAACAUGCAGGUGGCCAUCUGCGAGGCGUACCAGGCUGGCUUCCUGGGCAAGGACGCGUGCGGCUCGGGCUACGACUUCGACGUGUUCAUGCACCGCGGCGCGGGGGCCUACAUCUGCGGGGAGGAGACGGCGCUGAUUGAGUCGCUGGAGGGCAAGCAGGGCAAGCCGCGCCUCAAGCCGCCCUUCCCGGCCGACGUGGGCGUGUUCGGCUGCCCCACCACCGUCACCAACGUGGAGACUGUCGCCGUCGCCCCGACGAUCUGCCGGCGCGGGGGGUCGUGGUUCGUGGGGCUGGGGCGGGCGCGCAACUCCGGCACCAAGCUGUUCAACAUCUCGGGCCACGUGGCGACCCCUUGCACGGUGGAGGAGGAGAUGUCGGUGCCGCUGCGGGAGCUGAUAGAGCGGCACGCGGGCGGCGUGACGGGCGGCUGGGACAACCUGCUGGCCGUCAUCCCGGGCGGCUCCUCCACGCCGCUCAUCCCCAAGAGCGCCUGCGACGAGGCCAUCAUGGACUUCGACGGGCUGGUGGCCGUGCAGACGAGCCUGGGCACGGCCGCCGUCAUCGUCAUGAACAAGCAGACGGACGUGGUUAAGGCCAUAGCGCGCCUCAUCGAGUUCUACAAGCACGAGUCGUGCGGCCAGUGCACGCCGUGCCGCGAGGGCAUCAGCUGGAUGAACAAGAUGAUGCACCGCUUCGUGACGGGCGACGCGCGGCCGGACGAGAUCGACAUGCUGUGGGAGCUGAGCAAGCAGAUCGAGGGCCACACCAUCUGCGCGCUGGGCGACGGCGCGGCCUGGCCGGUGCAGGGGCUGAUAAGACACUUCCGCCCGGAGCUGGAGGCUCGCAUGAAGAAGUUCCACGAGAAGCAGGCCGUGGCAGCCAGCAACUGAGUGGCUUGUGUUGGCCAAACACCCAGGAAUUAUUUUGUAAAUAGCGUGUAAUAUAAAUAAAACUGAGUGUAAACUGCACUUAUCCUGCAUAGUGUUGCAUUGGCAGUAUUAAGUUGUAGCCUGAUUUUUUUUUUUUUUUUAAUAAUAAAAUUAUGUCAUUGAACGAACAGACUGCACUUUGGGGUGUUUAUUUCAACACUAAAUGAUAAGUCUGCACUUGGCUGACAAUGUGGUGGUGCAAAUGUUUGAUGUGGUUUUUUAAAGCCUGAUUAUUAAUCUACAAAUAAAAAGGAACAUUGUUAAACAAACAGCUGUCUAAAAUCAAGGGCACUGCUACUUCGAAGGUGUAUAGCAAACUUAUGUGAUGUGGGUAGUGUGAGUGUGGGGGUGAGAGUUUGAUGUGUGAUUGGGUGGUGUGUGUGGUUUAGUGUUGUGUGUAGUAAGUGUUUGGUUAGGGAGCUGUGUGAGUGGUGUCUGGUGUAUGGUAUAUGUAGUAAGUGUGGGUGUGGUGGUGUGUGUGGGUGAUGUGUGUAGUGUGGAUAGUGCUGCUAUAUCACAAAUCCAUGUAUCAUUUGUUGGUGUAUUUCGAAAAUAAAAUUGUUGGUUGAAUAAUGUUUAAAAAAUAAAA